UAAAAAUGUUUCACUUAGCAACAGAAAUUUUGGGCUCAAUUGUGGGUAAGUCGAGGGCUAGCUGUAUGUCAGUACUUUCUACUUUGGAUCUGGACAUUGGUACGAUUGUAAAGGAAAUUAUUUCAUUAUGUAACUCUAUCAAAAUUAAGCUGAGAAUAAAAUUAGUUUGAUCCUUAGGAGCUGGCUGUAGGAUUUUAUUUUUAUUAAAACUUUCACUGUGGUUCAAGCAAUAAAAAUAUUAGAGACUUAGAAGCUUUUUCUUGCCAAGGUGAUCUUAUGUAAAGCUUUGUAAUAAAGAGUUUUACUUACUUCAUGGCUAAUUAACCUAAUUUUUCCAGUAUCCUUUCUGUUAGGUGGCAGUAUUCUAAUAACUACAUCCCAAAACAAACACUUGGACUAAAAUUUUAAAAGUUCUGAAAUGUAUUAAUUUUGAAUAAUGUUAUGGAUGAAAAUUUUAAAUUAAAGUUCUACAGCUGUCAAAAAUUCAUUUUCAAAUUUGAAAUAUUUGAAUAUAAAGUAAUUAGUUUAAUAGAAGAUUAUUUGUUUUGUAAGAAGGCCAUCUGUAUUAAUUUAUAUUAUUUCUCAGAGUAAGCAUUAUUUGAGAUAUGUGCAAACCGUAGCUGAAGGGAGAGUCCAGCAACUGGGCCUUUGAAAGAAUACUCUAUAUUAAUUGGUGGUUGGGUUACAAUUUCUGCAGCUGCCUUAGCUUUAGAAUGCUUCUUGGCUGAUGGCCCAGUCAGCCUGCCAUUUUAAUAAAGGAACAAUAUGAAACCUGAUGAAGCUUAUCAAGCCUUUCCUAAGUGUCCAAUGUUUUUUUUUAAAAAAAAGAUUAAAAAUACCGUGUUUUCUGUCACUAGCUUGACAGAAAAUCAUCCCAAAGAUAUUCAGAUACAGAUAAAUUGUCUCUUCCUUGCCUAACCAUUCCUCAGUCUUGGUUGAGACAAAAUUUGUUUUCUUAUGUUAUUACUUAACAUAAAUUAUUUGAUUGAAUGUGUUAGUUGAAAACAAAUACUUAGUUGAUUUUAAAAUUUCUAAGGAUUACGUAAUCUGCCUGGAAUUUGACUUUGGGUUUUCUUUUCCAUUCGCUAAUAUAGGGCAAGGUGUGAUAAUGAUAAGCACUUUUACCAAAAUAUACUGUUCAUUUGAAGCUACUAAAAGAGCAAAAAAGUCUCCAUCCUAAACAAUUCUCUCUCUCUCUCUCUCUCUCUCUCUCUCUCUCUCUCUCUCUCUCUCACACACACACACACACACACACACACACGUUACAAAGGAGAGCUACAAUCAGUGCUGUAUUACACAUUAAAAAGGGAAACAAAUGAACAUAAUCUAAAAUUUUGCCUUUUACUGAAGAUAUUUGUAAAAUCAAUAGAUACUUGUCAGUUGUUUUGAUGAGCCUUGGAAGACAUCUGAUCCACACUGAUACAAUAGUUACAUCUAGCAAGGAAACUUCUGUUUCCUGCCAUAUCAGCCUAAUGUCAGGAUAAAUGAUAUAUAAUAGCACAUGUUCAACAUACUGUAUAUAGAAUGUGUUUGUUUGAUUAACAUUCACAUUCAUCUAUGUAUAACAGUUUUCCCUUGUUUAAAUAACCAAUUACCAAACGUAUCAGAGUUUCACACUACUCAGACUGAUCUCACAACAGAUGACUCAUCAUUUUACAGCAGAAAGAGUGACUUCUGAUACUAAUCUCAGCCAGUACACUAGGCCUAGCCAUGCAACUUUCACAGAAUGAGCAAAACUGCACUCCUCCCUCCUGUCAUAUCAACAAAAGCAUUACAGGUGAAGAAUGUCCUAAAUUCACAGAUCUUAAUUUUGGCAAUGCUGUGAUUGGCACAGAUCUGAAGAUGCAACUGCUUUUGUAUACAAGAAGAAAUAAAGACUGUGCUGAGCAUCUUGAUGAACAUAAUAUAACAACUUCUAUACAUUUUAAUGUAACCAAGAAUAUUGUUGUUAUCAUCCAUGGGUAUAGAUUUACAGGUUCUCCCCCAAUAUGGAUUGAUAGAAUUAAAAAUCUUCUGCUUGAAAAACAAGACUUCAACAUCAUUAUAGUGGAUUGGAACCGGGGUGCAACAACAGUGAAUUAUUUUAGUGCUGUUGCUAGUGCGAAGAAAGUGGUACCCUACUUAACACAUCUUAUUGAUCAAAUGUUGGAGAAUGGUGUUGCUGUUGAUUCUAUUUAUAUGAUUGGUGUAAGCCUUGGGGCUCAUAUAGCUGGAUUUAUUGGGAAGGCAUACAAUGGCAAAAUUGGAAGAAUUACAGGUCUUGACCCAGCUGGUCCCUUAUUUACCGGAAAGCUGGCUAAUGAGAGACUGGAUCAUACUGAUGCCCAGUUUGUAGAUGUCAUUCAUACUGAUACUGAUGGUUUUGGUCUCAAGGAUCCUUUGGGAAACAUUGAUUUCUAUCCAAAUGGAGGAACAGAUCAGCCCGGAUGUCCAAAAACAAUACUUAGUGGAUCAGCGUAUUUCAAAUGUGAUCAUCAGAGAUCUGUUUUUUUGUAUAUGUCAUCCUUACAACAUAAUUGUGAUAUAACUGCAUAUCCUUGUGAAUCGUAUAAGGAUUACCAGAAUGGAAAAUGUGUGAGCUGUAAUUUUAAAUCGCUUCCAUGCCCAGUAGUAGGAUAUUAUGCUGAUAAAUGGAAGAGUCAUAUACUUGAAAAAAACCCUCCCAUGACAACAGCUUACUUUGAUACUUCAGACGAAGACCCAUUUUGCAUGUAUCAUUAUUCUUUGGAUAUUAUUACCUGGAAUAAAAGCACUAGGAGAGGUUUCAUAAAUAUCAAAAUAACAGAUAAUUCAGGAAAUACAAUAGAAUCCAGAAUUAAUAGUGAUGCAACUGUAUUUCAACAAUAUAGGCAAGCAAAGAUACUUGCUGGAUUUUAUCUGGAUUUUGGAAACAUUUCAACAAUUACUUUGACAUUUUCUACAAAGAGUACAGUGGGCCCCAAGUACAAGCUUAGGGUUCUCGAAAUGAGAUUAAAAUCCCUCUCACAUCCAGAAAGGAUCCAGCUAUGUAGGUAUGAUAUGAUACUUGUGGAGAAUGUUGAAACAACUUUUACACCUAUCCCAUGCUAUGAGAUAAAUACGCAAGACAAUUGAUUAUUUCAGGAUAUUGUAUGCAAGAAAUUAACAAGAGCAACGUGAACUGGUAACAAGUUUAAUUGGCUUCCUUCAAGAAAGUUAAUUUGCCAAUUUUAUGACUACCUCUGAAGAUCACAGAAUGAACUUUUAAAAGAAAUUCAGAGAUUUUUCAUGUGCCUAGUUGCAUAUAUUAGCAAUCAAUUUCUAAUUAAUGAGCAUUCAAAGCUGUGAAUUAUUUUUUGAGACAAUUUCAGUUUUAGUCUUAUGCAUAGUGAGGCUGAUAUACCAUUGAAAUUAAUAGUAAUAACUUCAUCACUAAAUGUAGGAUCAUAGUACACUAAAUAUGUUUGUUGAUACUUUUAUAUUUGACAGAUCUAAUAUCUUAUUAUAUCAAUAUGAAAUGCUACAGUUUAGAGAAAUAGGUUCAGAUCAGCAUUUGGGCACAUGAAAAAAUAUUCUCAUUAAUGGAGCAUCUCUGUUCAUAAUGACACUGACAGGCUGCUAAUGUUGCUAAAUAGAAACUGAAAUUGAAUCAAUAUAAUAAUAUGCUUUAUGAUGCAUAUGCAGUAUAAUGCAGAUACAAUUUGUAAAUAUUCAGAAUACAGAAGCUACAGUUUAGCUCAUCUUAUUGAUCCUAAAAUCACACAUAAACCAUUUAUUACAGCCAGUCUCCUGGUAGCAUCACUCAAGCCUCUCAGCAACAGAAUUAUUUAAUAUCUUCUGAAAACCACCUUUGCAUGUUCAAUAUAUGUAGCUGCUAACUAUUUACAUAUUGUUCAUAUGCAUAAGAAAGUAUUUCUUAACAGGUGAAUAACUUGACUGUAUAAUGAUCAAUAUUAUUUGAGCAUGUGAAUAUUAUUCAUUUAAAUAAAAUAUUUAUUAACAGAGAGCAAAUAAUUACAAAUAUCUUUGUAACUAAUAGGAAUGUUAUAUAUUUUUAAUAGAUGUUUCUUUCAAAGAUCUCCAUAACAAUUUUAAGAGACAAAUCCAUUGUGAUGGGAUCAUCACUCACUGAUAUGCAAAGCAAAAAACUGAACCAUUUUUUAUUUUUGUUUCCUCUCCUAACUCCAUUAUUACAUGCAGGACUUUUUUUGUCAUAGAACACCCAGAACGGAGUUCCGGCACUUUUUGGGGAUGGAACCUUGUAGGGUAGGCAAGGCAGGUUGUAUGACGUGUGUGAGUUUUGGCACUUUUUUUUUUUUUUUACAAAAAAAAGCACUGAUUAUAUGUAUUAUAAGGACUUGUAUAUUGCACUAUUUUUAAAACUUAUUUGAUGGUGUAUUUGCUGUGCUGUGCAAAUCUUACCAUUGUAAUUUGUUUUAUGUUUAGUGUUAUUUGUGAAUGCAUUUUUAAACAUUAUUUUAAAAGUUCUAGAUAAAUAUUGUUUUUUUGUAUUUAACAGCAA